GCACUCGUUCCCGUCUAGACUCCCCCCAUCAGCUUUACAAAGGCCAGUUUCCUGGAAGAACCCCCUCUACCUAUUUCUAUUAAAAAAGGCAGCUAGCCCAUUGGGCACCGGAUCAAGUUCAUUCAUCUCUCUGUCUCUGUCUCUCUCUCUCUCUCUCCCCGUUCCACUUUCUUUCCCACUCCAUAUAUAAAUGUCCUUAUCCAACUCUCAAAACCAAGCCCUUAACCCAAACUCUCUCCAUUUCUUUGAAGCUCACUCUCUGUGAUUCUAAUUAAUAUGGAAACAAUGAACAUGUGCUCUACUUCUUCUUCAGAUUCUUCCGCUUCGAUGUCUUCUUUCAAUGGCAAUAAAACACCAAGAAGUACCGAUAAAUCUGCCAGAAUUAAAGGUCCAUGGAGCGCAGAGGAAGACAGGAUUUUGACUGGGCUUGUUGAGCGACAUGGACCAAGAAACUGGUCCUUGAUAAGCCGUUACAUAAAGGGUAGGUCUGGGAAAUCAUGCAGGCUCAGGUGGUGCAACCAGCUAAGCCCCAAUGUGGAGCACCGUCCAUUCUCACCAGCUGAAGAUGAAGCAAUCCUGGUUGCUCAUGCCAGAUAUGGUAACCGAUGGGCCACCAUUGCCAGGUUGCUUCCAGGUCGUACUGAUAAUGCGGUCAAGAACCACUGGAAUUCCACGUUGAAGAGAAGGGCAAGACAACGCCAAAGUCAAAUGAAUUUGGAAGGCAACUCUGAUAGUAAUUAUGGCAACAAUAACGAAUGCAUUGAUAUUAAUAUGACAUCAGGAUCUAUGGCAGAUGGCAUGGAGAGAGAGGAGGAGGAUGCGUUGACCGCGUUGACUCUUGCCCCGCCGGGGAUUGGCGGUGCAGUUUGUGGUGGCAAUGGUGGAAUGGUGGUGGAGAGUUUUCCGGCAGGAUUUUGGGAUGUGAUGAGGGAUGUUAUUGCAAGGGAAGUAAGGGAGUGUGUGAGUUCUACACAAUAUAUGUGAGAGUCCUUCAGGGUGGUUUCAUUUAUUAGGAGUAAAUGAAUCAGAGAAGAGGUGAAACAAAUCUUGGCAGAGGGAUUUGGUUAAUUUGCUCAACCAUUAAGAUUUUAUCACCAUGGGUUUUUUCAUGUAAAACUCUUAGAUUAGAUUACCUUCGUCGAUCUUUUGUCUAAAAAAUCUUGGAAUAAAAUUUAUGAGAAUGAAUCUUGGAAUUAACUGCGAAAGAGAGAUUUUAAAAGAACCUUCCUCAAAUGCACAUGGCAGCGUGUGUCUCCUGCCGAUCGAGCUACUUUUCCCAUCGUAUACAGAGAGAAGUAGAGGCAGAAUUAUGAGAAUAUUAAGACAAGAAUGAGAGUAUUCGAUCAAGAAAAUUAAAAUUUUGAGAAUCUUUAUCAUCUCAACAUAAGGAUCUGAGGAGUUGGUACGGCAGAGGGAUUUGGAUUUCAGGGUACUUUUUUUCAAAUAAAGAAUUAGAGGAGCUUGAAUGCUAAAAACUUGGUGAUCUUUUGAGCAGCACACUGACCCACUCCGUUCUCCGGUCAUUAUCGAUGAUUUUUUUCAGGUUGCUGGUUUCGUCAAGUUUUUUUGUUUUUUUAAAUGAUAUCAUA